AUGUCCAACGUCGCCCCAUCCAACGGCGACGUCCCAGACCAACCCGAAUUCGACUUCUGGGAGUUCGUAUGCUGUGCCAAAUGCCGCAUGCCAUUCACGCUUGAGAACGGAGCCGCGACGAUCCCUUUCUGGCUGACAGAAUGCGGGCACGUCGUGUGCAAUAACCACCUCAAUCGGGAUCAAAGCUGUGCACAAUGCGGGGCGCAGGAUAUUCAGUUGGCACCGCUUCAACGACAGAUGGAAGCACCAAUGUCUGACUGGUUCCGAUCCAUUCCUUCGGCGCUGGAGUCCAUUGCGUUCACAGCCAAGUUUCAGAAUGAAGCAAUGGCUUCGCAGGUUAGGUAUCACAAAUCGCGGCACCUACAGCUUCGCCAGAUUGUGGAACGGCUCAAGCAAAACAUGGCAGAGUUGAAAAGGUCAAACGACAUGCUGCAAAAUCAAAACGAGCAACUACGUCGCCAAAUGGGAUACCACGACCAAGGCAGCUCCAACUCACUCAAUGGCAAUGGAAAGCGGCCAAUGGUGCCCAUGCAACAGUAUGAUCAUGUCAAUCAAAGAGCGAGAACAGAUUCGAGUCCACGGUCUAUCACUACACCACUUGCACCAGAUCGACUGACGCUGCCGCCUGGCCAGCAAGUACCAGAACUUUCCUCUCAUAGGCAACAGGAUAUACAACACAGACAUUCUGGCUUGCUCGCUAAUGUACAUGGUAGGCAGGACUAUGUUCAGCAGGAUAGUGCUUCAGAACGACGCCCCAUGUCGAGUCGGUCACUGGAGAAUAUCAGGCCUCAUAGACCGACUUCAAGUAUACCAAUAGAUCAAUUUGCAUACAAUCCCCAAGGCAGUAGUACCUUCCACACACCUCAACUCACUCACGUCCAAGCGGCGCCGAAGAUAUUUCAGCGAACUGAUAAUAGACAGAAUGGCCAACAUGGCCCUGAUGCGACAUCAAAUCAUCAGCCCCCUUCUUCAUCGAGGUUUAAGCCAGCACCUUUUCCAAUGAGCAUAACUAGGACAUCGACAAACCGUCAGCAAACUGUGAUGGGGCCCCCUCCAACACCUCAACAUGUUCGUAGUGGUGUAGCCCCGCAAGCUAGUACCGCAGGUCAGCCAUUGGCCUCUGCUGACCGCCGGCCUACUGGCUCAAUUACUUCGAGUAUGCCUGGGCAGCAGCAGCCCCCGCUGACGGCAACUCGAAGAUUCUUCCCAGAGGGCGUAAACAACCCGUCUGCUUUUUCUGGGCCGGCUCUGACAUCGAGUUCCCGAGGGCCUUCUCGGGCAUCCGUGAAUGGUUCGUUCUCGAAUGCAGGACAGAAGAUGGCCUUUGGAUCUGGUGCAGGACAUCGAGGCGGGUUUGGAUGA